AUGGCGUCAACGACACCGCGUCGUCGUUUCGUCACAGCGAGCGACAACAACGUUUGCCGUCACAACAGCGAAGAGGACGAAACAAGGCCGUCGCCGGCGACGAUACAAGGCAAUGUUCAGCGAGAAUUUACAUCGAGCGUACAGUUAGGGCAGCCUAUAUAUGUGCAAUUUGAUUCUUUCGAACAACGAUUGGCCACUUUUGAUCAAUGGUUACGCGACGCAUUGCCGUCGCGACGGUAUCAUCGAGAUUUAGCGUGGGUCGGUUUCUUUUACACAGGUAUCUCCGAUUUGAUGAUGUGCUACAUGUGCGGGCUCGUAUUGAAAAAUUGGCGUAGUAGUGACGAUGUGACCAUAACGAAUGACACAUUUGAUCCGUGGAGGGAACAUUUGUACUGGAGUCGAGAAUGUUCCUGGGCCAAAGUUGUAUCCCGCGUUCAUUUUCUCAACGAAGGUACUACUGAGCCCGAAUCAGAGAAAGCUGCUUCUCCGAUCCCGGCACCGAGAAGGCCGAACAGAUUCGAUCAUGGUGAUGAUGGUGGUGAUGAUGGUGGUGAUGAUAGUGGUGAUGAUAUCAAUGACAUUCUUGGCACGGAGAAGAACGAGUGUACCAGCGUAGGCGAGAGCGUUCAAUAG